AAUUUAUAAACAUUAUACAUAUUCUAUCGUUUCAAAUAAAUUAUUUUUGUAGACUAAUACUAAAAACCAACAAUUUUUUAUUGUAAUAUUCAAACAAAUGAAGUAUAUAAUCCAGCAAAAGAAUUAAUUGUAAGAAAGAAAUUAGAAGACGACGAGGCUGAUACAAACAAAAAGUGUGAUAGUGACAAUGAAAAUAAUAAGGAUAAUGAUUAUUAAUUUGAAAAGUAUAAAUAAUCAAAUGACAAUAUUUUUAUUAACAAGUAGAAUGAUAAUAUAAAAAAUCGUUAAAAGCUAUUGAAUAAGUUUAACAAUUAAUGAACAUUACAAGGUCAAUUAGUUUAGUAGUGCAAUUUUUGUGUAAGUAUAUGACUAUGGGGGUUCAAGAAAGAAAAUAGAUCGGCGUCUGCGGAAUAGCAAGUACUUUGUAAUCGAUAACAGACCUUUUUUUUGUUCAGUGGGUAGAAUGUCAUCUAAACUCAUCCAAUGGAUUUCACUUGUAUUUGAUGAUUUAAAAUAGUUGCUAUUAUUAAAAAGAAAAAAAAAAAAUUGUACACAAAAAAAAAGUAAUAUAAUAGAUAGCUCAUGAUUCUGGAUGUGUAUAGCAGUAAUGCCCCCAUCGGAAGAAGAAAGCCUCUGGCUAGUUGGAAAAAGUGGAAGUGUAUCAUCAUUUCAAUCAACUGUUGGAGGACAAAUAACAAGAUCAAUUCCUCAUACUAGAGGUAUUCUUUAUACCGAAGAAAUGACAAGUAAUACAUCAAAAGAAUCGAUUGGAGAAAUUCCAACAACAUCAACAAUGACAAAUGUUAAUUCAUCAGCUGUUGAUUCAUCAGUUCCAUCAUCAAGGGAUCACCAAAUUGAACCUGAUUCAAUUGAUUCAACAGCUGACAUUGAUCUUAUGUCACAUUUUCAUGAAGAUGCUAUUAAACAGACUGGUGUUGGAUAUUUUCAAAUAAUGGUAGCAAUAUUUGCUGGAUUAAGUCUUUCAUCAGACACUAUAGAAUUUUUUGUUGUACCAUAUAUAUUGCCAAGUGCUGAAGUUGAAUUAUGUAUUGAGGAUAACGAAAAAAGUUGGCUUAAAAAUAUAAGUUUAUUUGGAUUGGCACUGGGGGGAUUUGCAUGGGGUGGUUUGGGUGAUCGAAUUGGUAGACGUCGUGCUUUAUUAUCAGCAAUGUCAGUACAUUUACUCUUCAUUACAAUUGCAACAUUUAUGCCAACUUAUGGUACACUGAUGUCUGUUAGAUUUUGGUCAGCCAUUGGUAUGGGUGGUGCAAUGCCACUUGCAUAUGCCUAUCUAGCUGAAUGUUGUCCACGAGGAAGCCGAAGUAUUUGGAUUGGAAUUUUAGUAGCAGCUGGUGCUCUUGGUGGUGUUUAUGUGGCAUUACUUGCUUGGUUUGUGGUACCAACAACUGGUGAAAUGAUUGUUCUUGAAAAUAAAGCACAUUUCAGUGCUUGGCAUAGAUUUUUAAUAUUUUGUUGUUUACCAGCAUUAUUUUCAAUUGUUGGACUUAUAUUUUUACCAGAAAGUCCACGUUAUUUGAUUGAAGCUGGUCAUGAUGUUGAAGCCAUGAUGGUUUAUCAAAAAAUAUACAAAAAAAAUAAUACAAAUAAAAAUACAACUGGUUCACAGUAUCAAUUAUCAGAACUUGAAUUACCAAGUAAAAGAUCACGUGGACAAACAAAUUUAUCAUCAUCAAUAUCUGAUCAAACAGUACUUGGUGAUAUUAUUCAUUCAAUUAAUUUAUUUAAAAAUUCAUUUUGUGAAUUAUUUACUGCUCAAUAUAUACGUGUUACUAUAACAUUAUUUAUAAUAUGGUCAACAAUUGCAUUUGUAUAUUAUGGAAUUCUAAUUUGGUGUCCUGAAUAUUUAAAAUAUAUACGUGCAAAUGAAUAUACAUUACAAUCGAAAAGUUAUUAUGACAAAGAAUUUAAUGGUACAAUCUUUACUGGUUCACUUGAUAAUUUACAAUAUAAAAAAUCAAAAUUUUUUAAUUGUCAAUUUAAUAAAAUGAUAAUUAGUCAUGUUAAAUUUUAUAAUUGUACAUUUAAAUCAGUUGAUUUUACAAGUAUACGAUCAAGUAAAACAUAUUUUAUUGACAGUGAAAUUGUUGAUUCAAAAUUUGUUGAUACUGAUUUAUCAUCACAAGCAUUUAUAAGAUGUAAAUUUGAAAAUAAUACUGAUUUAAGUUUAAAAGGACCUUGUCCAACACUUGAUCUUGAUUAUAAUAUAUAUAUUGAAGAAACAUUACACGCACAUCUUGUCGCUCAAUUGGCAUUUAUAUUUGCUGCAGCAUUUGCAGGUUUUGCACUCAAUGAAUUUCGUCGUCCAAAAAUGAUUGGUCUAUCACUUUUUAUAUCAUCAAUUGGAGCACUUUGUAUAAUAUUUGUUCAAAAUCAUACAUCAUUAAUUCUAAGUUUUGAAGGUGGUUUUAUGAUUAUUUUUUCAAUUGCUUGGACUCUUAUGACACUUGUUACACUAGAAAGCUAUCCAGCACACAUAAGAUGUUGUGGAUUCGGUAUUAUGGCUGUUGGUAUUAGAUUAUCAGGUUUAAUUGGUACUGUUAUUUAUCAAAAUCUCAUUGAUGCACCACUCAUUGCACCUGCAUUACUUACAGCCAUAACAUUAUUUAUUGCAAGUGUCGCGGCUUUCAAACUUCCAGACACACAUGUAGUUUUUCUGUAAAAAAAAUUAAGGUAUAUUUUAUUAUGUUUAUAUGAUAACAUAUUUAAAAUAAUUUUGUAUAAAAUUGUUUGCCAUUUAUGAUGUGUGUGAGUAUGUAUGAGAGAGAGAGCGAGAGAGAAUAAUUUUAUAUUUUUGUUUAUAAAUCGCACAGGCUGUGGGCUAAUUGUUAUUGUCCAGUUUGAAUUAAUGAAAAUAUCACGACUGAUAAUUAUUAUAAUAAUUUUUUAAUUUAUUGAAACAUUUAUUUACAGUUAAUGUUCUUUUGUUUUUUAAUUAUUAUUACUUUUAGUAUAAAAAUUUAAUUACUUCCACUGAGAUUUUUGUCUUGUAAUUUUAUGAUAUUUAUUAAUUUAAAAUAUUACUUACUAUUUAUGAGAAGGAUAUUUUUAUACAUGAAUUUAUUAUAAUUUUUUAAAUUAUAUUUUACACACACUCGGUAUAAUUGAUGUGGCAAAAAAUAAAAAU